AGGAAAGGGACAUGCGCGCGCUGCUCAGAGCAGAAGUAAAUGCGUCAACUGUAGUUUAGUGAGACUUUACUCUUCCAUGUGUUGCGUGUUUACAGGACAUGAGUGAAGAUGAAUGAAGAUGCCUUCGAGGUCCCGGAGAGGACCGAGUACCGCUACCUGGUGCAGGAGGAGGACGAGGAGGAGACGCAGUACGUCCGGCACAGACACUACAUCAGCCCCCUGCUGGUGCUCUCCAGACGCUGCAUCGUCCUCAUCUGCCUCGCCGUGCUCGCUCUGCUCUCUAUCGCCACCUACCUGGCAUACGUGGCCCAGACGCUGCCGCCGGGCGUCAUCCAGGUGUCAACGCACUGCGGCGAGUUCAGAGGAAGACACAAUAAUGGAGCCUACUCCUUUAAGGGCAUACCCUACGCCGCUCCACCCAUCGGUCAGCUGCGUUGGGCCCCCCCGGCCCCCCCGGUGCACCGGGAGGGGGUCAUGGACGCGGGCCGCUUCCGCAGCGUGUGCCCUCAGGUACGGCCGCUGACGGGCUCGGGGAAGGUGAUGGGCCAGGAGGACUGCCUCUUCAUCAAUGUGUGGACGCCCACGCUGCGGCCGGAGGACAAGCUGCCCGUCAUGGUCUGGAUCCACGGAGGAUUCCUGCACAUGUUCAGUGGAGGAGAGGACGGAUACUCGCCCACGGAGAAGCUCGCCGCCGACACGGGAAUGGUCUACGUCAGCUUCAAUUACAGACUCAACGCCUUCGGAUUCAUGGCGCUGGAGAUACUGAGAGAAGGCUCUCCGAAAAACACCUCAGGGAACUACGGCUUCAUGGACCAGAUCGCAGCUCUGAAGUGGGUCCAGACCAACAUCCACAUGUUUGGAGGAGAUCCUGCCAAAGUCACCAUAUUUGGACAGAACUCAGGUGGGACGUCCGUCUGGACCAUGAUGACGUCUCCGCUGGCGAAGGGUCUCUUCCGCGCGGCGGUGGACAUGAGCGGCGCGUACGUCUACAACACGCCGCUCCAACGUGCCGAGUCCGACAACCUGGCGUUCCUGAAGAAGACGGGCUGCGGAGAUCUGAGCUGCCUGCGGCGCCUCUCCAUCACACGCAUCCUGCAGGCCGUCCCGUGGCAGGAGCUCCCCUCCUGGGCUGCGGAUGAGAAGACGGACCUCCCUGUCAGAGGGCGCUUCAUCGGUGCCGUCGCGGUGGUGGACGGAUACGUCCUCGAAGCUCCACCGUUCGAGGUGUGGGAGAAGAAAGGAGAGCACAGCGACGUCCCCUUCGUCAUCGGGACGAUGGAGCAGGAGGUCGACUACAGACCCCCGGCUGGAAACAUCUCCUCCUGGACCUGGGGGGACUACCAGUGGUCGGUAACAGAUAAACUUCGGUCCUUCAGUGAGACUCUCCCUAAAGAGGCGUUGGACCUGUAUCCGAGCUCCGCACGCUGCCCCACCACAGACCGCUGUCCGGAGCGGGCCUACACCACCAUGGUGUCCGACAUCAGGGCCACCUGCCCCAACAACGACCUGGCCUGGAGGGCUGCAGCCGCCCUCGACAGUCCCGUGUAUCGAUACGUGGUGACACACACCCCGUCCGGACCGGUCAACACGUCCGGCGUCCUGCUGCCGUUCCCCAGCCGCUUCUCCUUCCACUGCCUGGACGUCGUGACGUUCUUCGGCGGGCUGGAGUCCGUGCUGGGGAAACCUCUCUCUGACGGAGACAAGAGCUUCCAGGAUCUCUUCACACGCCACCUCGUCAACUUUGCCAAAACAGGUAAGAUGGCGGAUGAGUGGCCAGAAUACCCAGCAGCCACUGCUCUCCUGUCCGACAGGCUGUCCACGGUGCAGAACUACUCAGCUGUUCGGUGUCAGCUGUGGAAGGAGAACGGCCUUUACGCGUACGCCUGGACCAACUGACCCCAGGCUGCUCUUCUGAGCACUUAUUCUGCUUCACUGGACUUCACUAAAAUCACGGCUUUGUUAAAUAAGAAACUCUUAAAGACACUCUGCAGGAUUUGCAUCAUUCGAAGGUCGAGCGAGCGAAAUCCAAGCUGCAGGCUGCAACAUCUCUGCAGACACACUCAUCACACACUCAUCACACUCACACCACUUCCGCUGCUGUGGGUCAUAAGGGCUUAUUCUUGUAUUGUACAGUAUACAUACUAGUAGAGGUCAGAACGUGUUAUGUUCUUGUAAUGUGGCUGAACUGUAACGAGCCGUCUGCUGACUUCACUCUGGGCGUUAACAGGGAAGCAGCUUGAGGGAAACAUGGGGUCAGGAUGUGUGAGGGAAAUAAAGAGUGAUGUUGUAUGUUAGGUGUGAAGUGUGAGGUGUGAAGUGUGAAGUGUGAAGUGUGAGGUGUGAAGUGUGAGGUGUGAAGUGGGAAGUGAGGAAAGUGACAUCAAAGUCUUUGAUUUGAUUGUGAAAAGAAAACUAAUGAUGUUAAAUAUACACAAGUUCAGUUUCCUUCACUAAAGUUGACGAGAGUUUCUAAAUUCAGGGAGAUGACCGACGUGAGAAAUGUCAAACUUUUUCUUUUUGUGACGUUUGUGUCGUGUGAACGUGUGAACGUGUGAACGUGUGACGUCCUGCUGUUUGCACUGAUUCAUAACUUCUUGUCUUUGCACUUUCCUGUGAACAUUAUUCUAUUACAUGAAUAUUUCAUUGCACUCAGUUUAAAUUCACAAAUGUAACUCGAUCUAAAUCACAGUCACGUGCACCGUGUGGUCGUGUUUAACCACUUGUGAGCUCUUUAUUACUGGUUUAUGGUUUGCAAACAGUAAUUAUGAUUACGUCGUCAUGUUUUGUUGUUACAGUGACAUUUCUUCACUUAUUAUAUGCUCAAUAAAUUGACACCACAAGAAUGAAUUUAUUUGUUUUGCACGCUGUAUUGUUUUGUCUCCAGAAUUUAAUUUGAGAUAAAAUGGUUAUAGUUAUGUUUUGAUGUUUCAUUUUGGAUUUAGUUUCAAGUUAAUAAAACAUUUUGGAUUUAU